AUGGACAAGUAUGCGAAAAAUGGAACUGACAUUCCCGUGGGUCUUCUGCCGGUUCUGGUGGAGCGUAUGGCUCAGCUGGAUGACCUGAAGACUCUUGAGAACAAUACCUUGGAGUUAUGGCGAGCUCUGGCGCGUUACGAGAUCCAGAAGGAGGCUGAAUUGCGUGAGUGGCGUGGAGCCGAACAACGUCGGUUUGAAUCCCUGCGGCAGCAAAACGAGCAAUUACGUCAACAGCUGGUGGUCAAGGAGGCCACCACCGCCGUCCUGGCCAAGCCUCAGUGCAGAUGUCCGUGCUGCUACUACGACUGGUAA